AGUGCAUCGUCGGUAGAUAAUGGGGACACACGCAUAAGAUAACUCACACUUUUCGUCUUGAUUUACACACAAAUCGUGCAUAUACUUCUUAAGUGACAACCCCUACAAACCAGAUUUUUAUUUCACCAGUGAUACUAUCUCGAUUUGGAACCGAUUUUUUUUAGUGAUGUUGAUAAUAUUAUAAUUUUCUCGUCGAAAAUGACUUUAGAGUUAAGUACGCAUCCUACGAUGCCGCUGGACUUUAGUAAUUGUUCCAACAGGGACGAUUCUGGAAGCCCCGAAGUGAACGUAUCAGAUUCGCCCAAUUCGAGCCCGCCGGCGGGCAGUAGCGCAUUUACCAUUGUCACCCCAAAAGGAAGAGAAGGUGUGGAUAGAAAUGGUUCACCUCUUCAAUUUCCUUCACCAAGUGGUUUCGCUUCGUAUUGUAGGAAUAUAUGGGGUUCAUCCGUCAUUUCAGCGGGAUCUAGGUACCUAUCGCCUUUUAUCGAGGCCAAUUUCAAAGAAAAAUCUACUGAUCCUAUAAAGUUUGGAAUAAAUCGUUUAGUUUCAAAAUCGGACGACGAAGAAGAAAACAGUAACAAUAACAAUAACAACAACUCAAAACCUUACCACCACCGAGAAGAUAGUUACUAUAGCGGAGAUGAGCGAUCGUCUCCAAAAUAUACCAACCAAAGGUGGGGUCAAAAUUCUCCGAGACCUUCCCCAAGUACCUCUCCAGAACUGGAAGUAGAUUCCCCUGUACAUUCUAGAUCGAAUUCCCCAUUACUUAGACCAACUUCAGUGACGGAAAUACAAAAGAUAGAUCCUUCGAGUAAAAAAUCUGAAGCUUUUUCUGUCAGCGCCCUUUUACGGCCGGAUAAUCCUAAAAAAGCAGACAAUCGUUGUAUACAAGAAACAAUAUCAGUAACUAGGUCUUAUCUUUAUCCGCCUUUUAUAGAUUUUGUUAAAGAUGCGCAACUGAAAUCAGCGCAAGAAUACAGUUCUCAAUUUAUACCUAGACAUUUAGUACCUUCUGGGUUUUUUCCUCACAAUUUAUAUCCUCAAAAAGACGGCGAAGAAAGAAGUUUUCUGCCGAACCCCACUUCUCUUUACUUCAGCGCUAUGGCUGCCGCGAUGGCUUCGGGACAAUCCCAACCGGGAAGUUAUCCAACACCUCCUUCAACUGAAGAAUUAUAUAGAUUAAGGCAUCAUUUGAUGAACAGUCCUUCUGGGGUGCAUCCGCAUCAUCAUCACUUUCUGAUGCGGCCCGGUUUAAUGCCCAUUGGGGACGUCUACUCGUGUAUAAAGUGCGAGAAGAUGUUUUCGACACCGCACGGUCUAGAGGUACACGCUAGGAGGUCUCACAAUGGCAAAAGACCUUUCGCUUGUGAGUUGUGCAACAAAACUUUCGGACAUGAAAUAAGCUUAAGUCAACAUAGAGCUGUGCAUAAUGUAGAAAAAGUUUUCGAAUGCAAACAAUGUGGGAAAUCUUUUAAACGAUCAUCCACCUUAUCGACUCAUCUUCUUAUCCAUUCCGACACUAGGCCUUAUCCAUGCCAAUAUUGCGGGAAGAGGUUUCAUCAAAAAUCUGAUAUGAAGAAACACACCUACAUACAUACUGGUGAAAAGCCUCACAAAUGUACAGUGUGCGGAAAAGCAUUUAGUCAAUCAUCGAACCUAAUAACCCAUUCCCGAAAGCACACCGGCUUCAAACCGUUCGCUUGCGACCUCUGCGGACGAGCAUUCCAACGAAAAGUAGAUUUAAGAAGACAUAAGGAGACUCAACACACCGAACUGCGACCGAUAGUGACAUAGUGCCAAACAACCGGAAGUAAUAACACACUUCCGGUUCAUUACAAUACCAAAGAUGUACAAAUCGAAGAAAACAAACUUCUACAACCAUUCCAUACCCAAGUUGGUAUUACUGCGGAUGAGCAAAUGAUUAGACGGAAUCAACAACCUCUAACUAGUAGCGGUUUGUUGACGCCGAUGAGGUCGGUGUUGUCCAAUAUGAGUUGGACUUAGGAUAAAAAUGUACCAAAGACUCGGUCAAGUAAGGAAAAAUACCUUCAUACAAAAAAGAUGUUAUCAGAGGAGUCACGUUUUAUUUUUACAUUGUUUUCAUGUGUUUAAACUCCAAUUUAAGUUAGUUGAUCUUCGGAAAGUAUUAUCACUGUUCUAAAUGUUCUAAAUCUUCGCUUAAGAUGUAAUUUAUAACGAUAUUUCAAGUUUCUUGUCAUGCCAUGAAAUUAGGUUUGCAAUCAAAGCUCUAUCCAAGCGCGGAUCCAGAGGGAGUCAUUGGGGUCAUAAUUUAAAGUAAAAAUUGCGUAGAACUCAUCAUUAUGCUGUCAAAACCAACGUAAUUAACUUAUAUUUUGUGGGUAAAAGCUUAAAAUGCCAUGUCUUUGAGGGAGGACUCGUCCUAAUACUAAUCUACCUCCCCCUGGAUCCGCCCUUGGCUCUAUAAGCAACUUUUCAUUGAUUGGUAGUUUGUGGAGCUCAUUUAAAAAACCUGAAUGGUAAGAAAAACCACUAAAUCCUGAAGCUACAUACACAGAAACUUUUUGAACGUGAUCAAGUCAGGAACUGAAAUUAUGCUUAGCUUCAAAAUAAAAAAUAUUUGAAUUUCAUUCAUACAAUUUUCUGGCGCAAUAUUUUUCUUCCAGUGCUUGCUUCAUUCUAAUAAAGGUUGGCAACCAUCCUUAGGAAUUCCUCACGAUUUUCAGUCCUGCGUAUUAAAUUUACUUCUUGAAGGUUUUCCAACCAUGAAAAUCUUUUUCUACUUAGGCCGCGACUACCUUAUAUCUUCCCUUCUAUAAUCAGCUGUAACAAGGCAUAUUUUUGAUUUCUAUAAAUGUAGCCAAAGUAGGAAGCUUUCAUCUUAGCACCUCGUCGUUGGUCACCCGAUCCGUCCACGGUAUUUUAAGGAUCCGUCUAAAGAGCCAUAAUUCAAAAGCUUCCACCUUGCGCUUGAUAAUGGAGACCUUCAAAGUCCAGCUCUUAACACCAAAUGUGAUAAUCUCGGAUUGUAAUCGUUGACAUAAAUUACCAGAACGCAUACGAAAACGCACCCAGCUCCUCCAAGAUUCUUUAUAAAUAGUUUUUUCAAAAUAAGAUCAAUGUUAUCAUUGUCUGGCUACCUUUUAUUUCUAAUAUCUUCUCAAAAACUCCGCAGGAGAAUGUUUAUUGAAUCGGUGUAUGAAUCGAUCAGAAUUACAAGAAGGAAUGUAUGAGCUGGUGCAUUAUCUUGAUGAAAUAGCAAUGUCUUCUUAGCGAAAUGUGUGUUUGAAACGUUACAAGUUUCUAUAAUACUUGCCGUCGAUAGUUUUUCCUUUUUCAAAUCAAUGAAGAUUAUCCCAAAACACCGACCAUGACAUUACCUGCAGAUGGAACGGUCUUUGCCUUUCUAUAAAACAUUGCCAAAAACUCGAUGAAAACAUUUUCGCGACGCUGUUGCGAGCACACAGUUUUCUCGUUUCCAAAUUUUUGGGGUUUUCUUCAACAACAACUUCAUUUUUCGUGUUUACAAGUUGAUUGUAUUGACAGCUGCCAAUCAAAUACUAACAACAUGGCGUCGUGUACUUUUUAAUACAGUGAUAUUACUCAAGCAACUACCGCCAUCUCUAAGUCAGGCCAGGUACUUCUGGAAUCAUCCUCGUAGUGCAAAUGGUUCAAACUUAUAACACAGAAAUUUAUUGAUAAAUUUUAUUCGAAAAA